UACAGGGGAGAGGAGGGGGAUGAAUGAGCCAAUUGCAAACUGGGAAUGAUUAGGUGGCCGUGAUGGUUUGAGGGCCCGAAUGAGAAUUUAGCCAGGACACCAGGGUUAACAUGCAUACGCUUACAAUAAAUGCCAUGGGAUCUUUAGUGACCUCGGAGAGUCAGGACACCCGUUUAACGUCCCAUCCGAAAGACUGCAAUCUACACUGCCCUGGGGCAUUGGGAUUUUUUUUUAGACCAGAGGAAAGGGUGCUUCCUAUUGGCUCUCCACCACUACUUCCAGCAGCAUCUGGUCUCCCAUCCAGGGACUGACCCGAACCAACCCCAUUUAUCUUCAGAAGCAAGGCAGCAGUAGGAUGCAUAGGGUGGUAUAUGCAUAUUUCCAGUCCCUGUAGCUCCGCGCACCAUUGUUCCGUCGUUGUUUCAGACAACAAUGGCCGUGUUUCAGAGCAUCAAAACGAUUGCAGGCUACUGCCGACUGACUGAUCUACAAAUCACCCGUGAAUGACUACUAACUAUUGUAGCUCGGUCAGUCAGUCAGAAUUUACCCAUGAUACAUUGCGGGUUUGAUCCUCUCGAACACGGCCAUUGUAACCAUUGUGUAACCAUUUCUAUUUGGGGCGGUCUUCUGAUUUGUUGUGGCAUUGAUAGGUAACUAGGAAAACAAAAAUCCCGUUUUAUAAUCUCACCGUCCACCCUCGGUUGGAGUUUUACUGCUCUACAAACAGACGGGUCAACAUGGACGUCGGAUUUCGCCACCCUGUUCUUCUUUGCCUAAUCCUAGCGGUUUUGGGCUCGGUUCUGGCCGAUUUGGAUGGCCCUUUGAUGGGGGCACCCGGGUCUGCCGUCCGUUUGUCGGAAAACGACCCAGGUCUAAAGAAGGCACUGAAGUUUGCAGAGGACCGCUAUAACAUGGGGUCCAAUGCGAUGCACGUUCGCAGAGUUAGCAAGAUCCUCUCUGCCAGUAAACAGCAGGUGAAGGGUAUCCGAUACAGCAUCACGGUGGAACUAAGUAACACCCAGUGUAAAAAGGCUGCCAGACUGAGGAUCUGUGACUUCUACCCAGAGGAACACAACCUGAAGACAGAGGUAUGUGUGUUUGAGGUCUGGGACAUUCCCUGGGAGAGCAAGUCCACCCUUCUCAAACAGAAGUGCCAGCCAGCAGUUGAUCCCAAACCAGUUGAGACCAACAAAGUUGAAUUUCUGCCCCUCUCCACCAAACCAGUUGAGGAGUCAGUGGAUUCUGUGGAGCUUCUGGGUCAGUUCAAAGAGUUCAUGGUCAGAUACAAUAGGACUUACAGCAGCCAAGAGGAGGCUGACCGGCGGCUGCGUGUCUUCCAUGAGAACUUGAAGACUGCCGAGAAGCUCCAGUCUCUGGACCAGGGCACAGCCGAGUACGGGGUCACCAAGUUCAGCGACCUCACAGAGGAGGAGUUUAGGACUCUGUACCUGAACCCCCUGCUGAGCCAGCAGAACCUCCAGCAGUCCAUGAAGCCUGCAGUAAUGCCCCGUGGCCCCGCCCCGCCCAACUGGGACUGGAGAGAGCAUGGAGCGGUCAGCCCCGUCAAGAACCAGGGCAUGUGUGGUUCUUGCUGGGCAUUCUCGGUGACAGGCAACAUUGAGGGCCAGUGGUUUGUGAAAACUGGCAAACUAGUGUCUCUCUCUGAGCAAGAGCUGGUGGACUGUGAUACUGUGGACCAGGCCUGUGGGGGCGGGCUUCCAUCAAAUGCAUAUGAAGCUAUCGAGAAGCUGGGUGGUCUGGAGACAGAGACUGACUACAGCUACACCGGCAAGAAGCAGAGCUGUGACUUCACCACAGACAAAGUCACCGCCUACAUCAACAGCUCUGUGGAGCUGUCCAAGGACGAGAACGAAAUCGCUGCUUGGCUGGCUGAGAACGGACCAGUAUCUGUGGCCCUGAACGCAUUCGCAAUGCAGUUCUACAGGAAGGGUGUGUCCCACCCUCUGAAGAUAUUCUGCAACCCCUGGAUGAUUGACCAUGCAGUGCUGCUCGUGGGCUACGGAGAACGUCAAGGCAAGCCUUUCUGGGCCAUCAAGAACAGCUGGGGAGAGGACUAUGGAGAACAGGGUUACUACUACCUGUACAGGGGAUCCAGGCUCUGUGGGAUCAACAAGAUGUGCUCAUCUGCCAUUGUGAACUAGGCGAGAACACACACACACACAUUUAUUUCAACAUACAUACAUACAUACAUACACACACACACACACACAUGACCGGAAUAAUAGUUGAUGCCAAUCUUUUCCUGGCACAAAAAACAAACCCAACACCCUCCCCCAAAUAUGUACACACACACACACACCUACAAACUGACCAAACUGCAAUGCUACUCACCCUGCCCCCAUAAUUGUGUAGUCAGAACACUGCACAGUGCACUGGAAGACCUGUUGACACCUUGAAAUAGAAGAGGCAGUAUUCAUUCAUACCUCACCUCAUUCUUCUUUACCAAAACAAACCAGCUCCGAUUAAGUUAUAGUUUCAAGCUAGUACUGAUCUUUUGUUGUGAUUUUACUAUAGGUUUUUACAUAGUUUUUACUAUAGGUUUUUACAUAGUUUUUACUAUAGGUUUUUACAUAGUUUUUACUAUAGGUUUUUACAUUUUUAGCUAGACUGAACAAAAAUAUAAACAAAACAUGCAACAAAUUAACAAUUUUACUGAGUUACAAUUCAUGUAAGGAAAUCAUUCUAUUGAAAUAAAUAAAUUAGGCCCUAAUCUAUGGAUUUCACAUGACUGGGCAUGGGCACACCCACUUGGGAAUAGGUGGGCCUAUGACCAAGUGGGAGGGCAUAGGCACACCCACUUGGGAGCCAGGCCCACCCACUGGGUAGCAGUCAGCAUGCCAAUUGCACACUUGCUCAACACUAGACAUCUGCAGCAUUGUGUUGUGUGACAAAACAACAACAAAAAUUUGUGGGUGUUUAAUGUCCCCAGCACAAGGUGCACCUUUGUAAUGAUCAUUCUGUUUAAUCAGCUUCUUGAUAUGCCACACCUGUCAGGUGGCUGGAUUAUCAUGGCAGAGAGAAAUGCUCACUAACAGGCAUGUAAACAAAUGUGUGCACUUAAUUAGAGAAAUACGCUUUUUGUACGUAUCCCAUUUCUGGGAUCUUGUAUUUCAGCUCAUGAAAGAUGGGACCAACACUACAUGUUGCUUUUAUUUUUGUUCAGUAUAGUAGUCUUUUCGAAUAUUUAAUUUAAUUGUUGUGUUUUAGAUGCCAGAAUUUACCUCUGCCUAUCUCUUUACAAUAACAGAGUCAAAAUGAGUUCAGUAAUGCUUUUUGGUGUCCGUUAUGUUCCCCUGAAUGUGACCACUCUGCUGAUGCUCUAGAAUGAAUGCUUGUGCAUUUUUGCUAGUUUCACCUCUGUUGUAACUUGUUCAGUGCAAUACCAUGUAAUGUCAAUCUCUCCCUUGUUUACCAUUUACAACUUUGCUGUACAACUAGUAUUUAGAAUGAGUGGGUUCGCAUGGUUUCUGAGAUUUUAAAAGGAUCAUACAUUGGCUGAUGUGUAGCCUAUUAACUGUGUUACAUAUUGCUGUGCUGUGUAACUAGACAAACUAAGGUUGAAUAAAACAUAUUUUAGCCUUUA